CCGGCCCGGCCCGGCCCGCGCGGCGCUGCCCGCACCGGCACAGGCGCCCAGCACAGCCCCGCGGGGCCCCCGAUGAUGCCGGGGGCGCGGGCGGCGGAGCAGCAGCGCCCGGACCUGGAGUUGUGGCGGCCGCCGCCGCCCCAGUGACUGCCCCGCCAUGUCGGUGAUGGUGGCGAGGAAGAAGGUGGUUCGGAAAUGGGAGAAGCUGCCGGGCAGGAACACCUUCUGCUGCGACGGCCGCAUCAUGAUGGCCCGGCAGAAGGGCAUCUUCUACCUGACGCUCUUCCUCAUUCUCGGCACCUGCGCCCUCUUCUUCGCCUUUGAGUGCCGGUACCUGGCAGUGCAGCUGUCCCCGGCCAUCCCCGUGUUUGCAGCAGUUCUCUUCCUGUUCGCCAUGGCCACGCUCCUGCGGACCAGCUUCAGCGACCCUGGUGUGAUCCCCAGAGCGCUGCCGGACGAGGCAGCCUUCAUCGAGAUGGAGAUCGAGGCCACCAAUGGGACGGUGCCUCAGGGCCAGCGCCCACCCCCGCGCAUCAAGAACUUCCAGAUCAACAACCAGAUUGUGAAGCUGAAGUACUGCUACACAUGUAAGAUCUUCCGUCCACCCCGAGCCUCGCACUGCAGCAUCUGUGACAACUGUGUGGAGCGCUUUGACCAUCACUGCCCCUGGGUGGGCAACUGCGUGGGGAAGAGGAACUACCGCUACUUCUACCUCUUCAUCCUCUCGCUCUCACUCCUCACCAUCUACAUCUUCACCUUCAACAUAGUCUACGUAGCACUGAAAUCUCUGAAGAUUGGGUUUCUGAACACGUUGAAGGAAACUCCCGGGACUGUACUGGAGGUGCUCAUCUGUUUCUUCACCCUUUGGUCGGUCGUGGGGUUAACUGGAUUCCACACCUUCCUGGUGGCACUGAAUCAGACAACCAAUGAAGACAUCAAGGGGUCCUGGACUGGGAAGAACCGUGUGCAGAAUCCCUACAGCCAUGGCAACAUAGUGAAGAACUGCUGUGAGGUGCUCUGUGGGCCCCUGCCCCCCAGUGUCCUGGACAGACGGGGCAUCUUGCAGCAGGAGGAGAGCACAGCACAGGUGGAGUCAUGCCCACAGGGGCCCAGCACUGCUCCGGGCACCGGGGAACAGACGGAGGUCCCUGUGCCACCCCUGAGCCAUGCUGAGAUGCCAGAGGAGAAGCAGCUAACUUCUGGGGAGCUCCCAGUCCCACCCCAGGACACUGGGCAAGCAGAGCACUAGCAUCUGCUUGAAGGAGAGAACUUUCUUGUUUUGUCUAAUGGAGGUGAUGGAGGAGAGGAGGAGAUGGGCUGGAUGCCAGGCAAACAAUUCCUCGUGGCCGCUUUGCUGUAGUCUUUAUUCGUGGCUCUGGCCUCGUGCGGUGCCAAAGGAUCCAGAGCAGGAGUCUCGGUCCCCGUGGGGACAGGCCAGGGCCUGCAGGCCAGGGCAGGACCUCUUGCUCUGCAGGUUGUCCUGAGGCUAACUACCGGCUGUUCCUCCACCUGAUGAGAUGGCUCAUGGUCAAGCAGCUCAGAAGCGGCGUUAGGGUUGGCCUGCUCCCUACUGCUGAGGAAUUCUGGUGGGAAGGGGAAAGCAAGUCAUGGCAGUAGCAUCCUCUCUCCCCUCCUCCCUUCUUCCUCUAUUCUGUGGCAUUGUUUUGUUGGUGAACGUGACAAGGGUUGUCAGGAGAGUUUGGUGCCAAAAGGACCAAGAUAACGGGGAAGGUGUUCUGCUGGCAGUGA